GGUGCAUCACAACGCUGUCAGAGCCUCGGAGCAGGCACGUUGGUAGGUGCUAAACAAAGAUCUUUUUCCCAGACAGCAUGCAACAGCAGACUUUGAGUUUGGGCCUGGGGUCGGGGGCUCCCGCAUGCUGCAUCUGCCUGGAGGAGUUCAGCAGCCCCGCCUCGCUCCCCUGCGGACACCGCUUCUGCCUGAGCUGCAUCGGAGAAUACUGGAGGAUCUGUGAAGUCUGCCAGUGUCCCCUCUGCAAGGCCGUCUUCCCCAAGAGGCCGCAGCUCAAACCAGACCACGAACUCAGCAAUCAGGAGGCGUCUCUAAGAGCCGGGGAGGUUCCCUGUGACCUCUGCCCUGCCAAGCGCCCUGCAGUCAAGUCCUGCCUGGUGUGCAUGUCCUCCUACUGCGCCGCUCACCUGGAGCCGCACUACCAGAGCGAAGAACUUGGGCGCCACCUUCUGAUCAGUGUGAGCAAGAACCUGGAGGACUCUGUGUGCCGGCUGCAUGGGAAGCAGCUGGAGAGGUUCUGCAGGAGUGACCAAACGUGCAUUUGCACUAAGUGUGCACGGACGGAGCACCACGGACACCACAUCGUUUCUAUCAGCAAAGAAGCUGCGAAGAAAAAGGUUAAACUCAAACGCAGGUGUGUGAAACUUCAGCAAGAGAUUCAAGAGAGACUGAGCAAGCUCGAGAAAAUCAAGGCCCCUGUCGCUGGAGAAGAUCCAAAAGCAGCCUGGGUCCAAAAUAAGGAGCUCACAAAACACCUGGAGGAAGAAAUCAAUGAGCUGCAGGGGAGAAAGGCUGAGCUGGAGCGGCUUUCACUGACUGAGGACGACUUGCAUUUCUUGCAGGUCUGUGUCCUGCUCGGAAGUGAGCGGAUCCAGGACAGCAACUAUCAAGCAUCCUUUAAUCCUGCCCUGUCGUCACGGAGACUCCUCGACUCCGCCUCCUGACUGCAAGAACACGAUGAUGCUUCAUCUCCACGAGAUCUCCAAAGUAAUUUCUCUGAAAUGCCUCAAGUGUGUAACAUUCAGACGGACAUAAGAAAGGAUGGCAUUAUUUUGGGCUUGGCGGCUUCAUCCCACGGUCCAAAAACAUGUUUGUCAGAUUGAUAGGUGACUCUAAACUCUGCUCGGGAGCAAAUGCAGCGUUGUUUGUGUCGUUGGAAAUCCAUGUCUCUGUGGUUGAGAGCCCUUGCGUACACUUUGAGGGAGCCCUAAACUGAAAAUAUGUCAUACGGUGAACCAUCCAGAUUUGCAGAGUACUGUGACAUCACAGAACCAGAUUUGGUUAGAUUUAUCUGGAGCUGCUGUGACAUGGUUGAAAAGCAGCCGCCGUAUUGGCAUUUUGAGUAAACCACGUCUGAAACACUUCAUUUUCCCAGGUACAACUUGUGAAUAAAGGGCAGUUUAGGCAGUGGUGGACAAUAACGGAGUAAAUUUACUUGAGUACUGUACUUAAGUACAUAUCCAGAGGAUUUGUACUUUACUUGAGAAUUAGAUUUCUUUGGUACUUAUUACUCUUACUUGAAUACAUUUCCAAGACAAAUAUUUUUACUUUUACUCGAGUAAAUUUCUAGGAAGGCUGAAAAGUACUCGAUACUUUCAGGUCUGCUCUUUUUUCUUCUUCCCUAAAAUCCUAUUGGACACAAGCUGUUUUUGUGAAAGGAGGAGACCUAUCACAGUGCACGCUCUCCACUGGGAUGUACGUAAAGCGGAAAUACGUCAAGCCUCCUCAAAACGAUACCGCCAAAGUAGCCUGCGUUUGUCAAGACAGAGCCGCAACAAGUCAAGACAUAGCCGCAACAAUGGCUACGCCUGCUUUUUUUGCAAAGCAGUGGUCUUUGAGGGGGAUCCAGACUUAGUUGGAUGGUGCAGGUUCAUUUGGUUUCA